AUGACGAUUACCUCCGUGCAAACCCUCCUACCUGGCCGCAUUGCAGCCAAUGCCAAUGAGCAACGAACUGAGAAACCUCCUCCACAACUCCAUACUGUACAAGACUUUCCCUUCAAGGGCUACCACCCUCCACAACCCGAGGGGUGGCAGCAGAGCCAGGCCCAUCCCGACACAAGUGCCAUCGUCAUUGACAAUGGUUCCCAUCUCGUCAAGGCCGGUUGGUCCUUUGAUAAAAACCCCCGAUUCGCCAUACCCCCGGUCAUGAGUCGAUACCGUGAUCGCAAGCUCAAUCGCCAGUGCCAAUUUAUCGGAUACGACGCCUACGUUGAUGCGACAACGAGGGGACAGCUGCGCAAUGGCUUCGAUCCCGGGUCCAGUGUUGUCGGUAACUGGGAUGUCAUGGAAGGCGUUUUGGACUAUCUGUUUCUCAAGCUCGGCGUGGAGGGUGCGAACGGAGGCGUCGGGCGCCCGAUCUUGAUGACCGAGCCAAUCGCUAAUAUGCCAUAUUCAAGGAAGAUGAUGAAUGAGAUCCUCUUUGAAUGCUAUUCCGCUCCGUCGGUGGCCUACGGUAUCGAUUCGCUCUUCUCAUAUCGCUAUAAUGGUGGGACAGAUGGUCUGAUUGUGGAUUCGUCGCAUACGUCUACUCAUAUCAUUCCGGUCCUGAACUCGAAACCUAUGUUCUCCAACACUUCUCGCCUCAACUGGGGUGGUCUGCAAAGCGCCGAAUACCUGAUGAAGCUUAUGAAGCUCAAAUAUCCAACAUUCCCGACUCGGUUGACGGAUGCACAUAUGGAGGAGUUGGUUCAUAACCACUGUUACGUCUCCCAAGACUACGAUCGUGAGUUGAACGGAUUCCUCGACUGGUCCGGCCUGGAGGACCGCGAUCGCGUCAUUCAAUACCCGUUUACGGAACACAUCAUUCAGGAAAAGACGGAGGAAGAGCUUGCGCGCAUUGCGGAGCGCAAGAAGGAGAGCGGACGUCGCCUACAAGAACAGGCCGCAAAAAUGCGGCUUGAGAAACUAGUGAAGAAGGAGCAAGAGUUAGAGUAUUGGAAAGAUUUACAACAAACUCUGGCCAACGAGACCAAGAAGGAAGUCCGUCGCAUUCUAGAAGCUGAGGAUCUCAAGGACGAGGCUGCGCUGGAGAGGUUGAUUCGGGAGCUAGAGAAGUCUAUCAAACGCUCGCGCAACAAGGACUUGGGUAUUGAAGAAACUGAGGAGCAGCCUGAGGAAAUGACGUUCCCCUUGCUUGAUAUCCCAGAUGACCAGCUGGAUGAGGCCGGUCUAAAAGAAAAACGACACCAACGCCUCAUGAAGUCCAAUGUGGACGCCAGACUUCGUGCCAAAGAAGAGAAGGAACGUGAAAAGGCUCGGGUUGAGGAAGAAGAGCGGAUAGAUCGCGAGACGCGCGAGAACGAUUUCGAAACUUGGAUCUCGAAACGUCGUAACAACCGCCAGGCCAUCCUCCAACGGAUCAAAGACCGUGACCGCUUCACAGCUGACCUCGGAAACCGUAAAUCCCUGGCCAGUCAGAUGCGUAUGAAGACGCUAGCCAACCUGGCAUCCGAUGGUCCCAAGAAACGCCGCCGUGGUGGAGAUGAGGACGACUUCGGUGCUAAUGACGACGACUGGGGUGUCUACCGCACCGUAGCUGUUGGCGAGGCCAGUGACGACGAAGAGGAGGAGGAUCUGAACGGAAUGCUCGAUGCUGUAGAGAAAGAGCUUCUCGAGUACGAUCCCGAAUUCAGCGAGAGCCACACUCUCGCCGCACAGUCCGACUGGAAGAAGAGUCUGGUGCACGCCUUCCUUCGUGGCCCUUGGCCUUUCGACCCGGAGAGCCAGCGCGAAGCACACCAGCUCCAUCUGAACGUGGAGCGCAUCCGUGUUCCCGAGGUCGUGUUUAAGCCGUCCAUUGCCGGGGUUGACCAAGCUGGUCUGAUCGAGAUGGCAGCUGAUAUCAUUAAUCAACGCUAUACCAACCCGGCAGAUCAGGCCCGUCUUCUGAAGGAUGUGUUCUUGACUGGAGGAAAUACUCUAUUCACUGGUUUCGACGAACGCUUCCGCCAGGAAGUCCGCGGGUUCCUACCUAUCGAUGCUCUCUUGAAUGUGCGCAAGGCGUCGGAUCCGGUCUUUGAUGCCUGGAAGGGCGCGGCACAGUGGGCUUCUGGUGGUGACUUUGCCCGAUCCUCGGUCACGCGGCAGGAAUAUUUGGAGAAGGGCAGCGAGUAUCUGAAGGAGCAUGACCUUGGCAAUGCUACAUGGUGA